UCUUUUAUCAAAACUUUGCAAGAAGCGGUUGCAAAAAAAAGACUAUUAUUCUACUAUUUACCAUGAAAGUAAAGUGAUGUUGAUGCUUUCGCGUUGUGCUAAAUAAAAGUCAAAUAAUCUCAAUUCACAAUGCAAUCUGAGGAUGCCAGAUUCAUCAAAAAGAGAUUUAGAGCUGGCGCUAUAGACGUUCAUCCAACAGAGAAAGCUCUUAUUGUCAACUAUGAACUGGAAGCAUUCAUCUUAGGUGAACACGGUGAUCCAAUUCUCGGAGAAAGCAAAAAAUGUCAGAAACUAAUUCGACUUCGCAGCUUACACGCUAACACCAACUGCCGUGCCCUUGCAAAUGAAGUUGUAGACAAAUGUGCUCUAAUACACAAAUCAAAGCUGAAUGAAGUGGAACACCUGAUAUAUUAUCUGAAAAAUAGAAAGCAGAAUGCCUUUACAGAUUCAAACACGGCAACUUACUCAGAAGGGAAUAUGUCCAUCAAUUCUCAACUGGGUCCAGGUGAUAAACCCAGCUUUAACAAUAUGGAAGACUAUUUAGAGUUACUCUAUGAGGAUCUGCAAGAGAAAGUUCGUGGCUCAGCGCUUAUUCUAGAACUUGCCAAAGAGCCAAACAACCUUGAAGAAUUGUCUAACAGAGAUUCUGUCCUGAGUGCUCUCUCUCGAGUCCUACGCGAAGACUGGCGCAAAAGCAUUGAACUCAGCACAAAUAUUGUUUAUAUAUUUUUCUGUUUUUCUACGUACAGCAUAUUUCAUCCUAUCAUCAUGCAAUUUAAGGUUGGUUCUUUGUGUAUUGAAAUAAUUGAUUACGAGCUGAAACGGUAUGAUGAGUGGAAGUCAAGUCUUGAAAAUCAAGAGAAAAAGGAUGAACCCAAACCAUCCCGUCUGCCUGUUCGAAUGACCAAAUCCGCAAUUGAUACAAAACGACCGAAAAGUUCCGGUAUUCCAAUCAUGAAAACAGACCCACGAAGACACUCAUUGCAUGUAGAUGAUAAAUCCAGGUCCAACUCUCCUGUAUCAGUUGGAGAACGGCGGCAAAGUGAAGGUCUGAAACUCAGCACAUCAGUCACGGAAAUUGCAGGGGACAAAAAUGAGAGAUCAGCUCAGAAGUUUGAAGCCCUAGCUCGGAAACAAGACCAACUUCUCCGAAUUAGUUUUUAUAUGCUGCUUAAUAUCUCAGAAAACACUAAAGUGGAGGACAAGAUGCGCAAAAAGAACAUUGUGGGGCUGUUGAUCCGAACUUUGGAUCGAAACACAGUCGAGCUAUUAGUUUUGGUGGUCAUGUUUCUAAUGAAAUUAUCAGUGUAUCGUGAAAACAAAGACAAAAUGGCGGAACUAAACAUUAUUGAUAAGCUACCCAGGCUUUUCAUGAUUGGAGACAAGAAUCUUGAAAGUGCAACAAUCAAGUUAGUGUACAACCUAUCUUUUGACUCAUUUCUUCGGGAGAAGAUGAUAAGAGAUGGUUUCUUGCAAAAACUGGUGACUCUACUCAAUGAUUCCCAACAUGCUAUGUUUGUGAUGGGAACCAUGUAUCAUCUGAGUCUUGAUGAUCGCGUUAAAGCAAUGUUUGCUUACACUAAUUGUGUGCCUUUGAUAAUUGAUAUGCUGAUAAAUGCAAAACCUGAUGAACCACCUGACACUUUGCUGAUUGCUUUAUGUAUCAAUCUAGCGCUCAACACACGUAAUGCUGAGAUCAUGAUAGAGAAUGGUCGUCUGAAGAAACUAAUGCAUCAAGCAUUUGAAUACCAAAAUGGAUUACUGAUGCAAUUGAUUAGAAAUAUUUCCAAACAUUCCACAACUAAACAUAAUUUUAUCGAGUAUGUAGGCGAUCUGGCAAAAGUAUUGACAUCCUGUAGCGAUGAACUAUUUAUGUUUAGCUGCUGUGGCAUUUUAAGUAACAUGAUCAUUCCUGAACUAGACUUUGAUCAGCUGAUCAAACAAUACCAUCUUAUUCCAUGGAUAAAGAAGUAUUUAAAAUCAGAUAAUGAUGACAAGAUCCUAGAAAUCAUUGUUUUUAUUGGGACUGCUGCUGUUGAUGAUUCAUGCGCGGAGUCUCUCUGUAGAGAGAACAUUCUAACUCUUCUUAUUGAUAUCUUAAAAGCCAAGCAAGAGGAUGAUGAAAUGGUGCUUCAAAUAAUCUACGUUUUCUACCAGAUGUCUCGUCACCCAGUCACUCGGGACCUGCUGAUAAAGUCAACCGAAGCACCCGCUUACCUAAUUGAUCUCAUGCAUGACAACAAUCCGAAUAUUCGACGUGUGUGUGAUGCUUGUCUCAACUUUAUCAAGUUAUAUGACAAAGAAUGGGCCGAGAAAAUCAAAAUUGAAAAAUUCACCUGGCACAACUCUCAAUGGCUGGAGGUGGUCGAAAACAAAACUCUAGAGAGCUCACCGUCGUUGAUGAAUGAUGAUAGUGAAAUAUUCCCUCGCUAUGACUUAUUCCAGCAAUCAAUGCUCUUCAAUGCUGGUUCUCAUGCAUCAAUUCCUGGUGUUACCGGUGAUGACAUUGAAAUUUUGUCCAACAAUCCUCUCUCUGAUGAGGAUAGUCGGCCGAACAGUAGAUAUGAAGCGAGUGAUUUUGACGAAUUUGAUUUAGAGCUAGCACAAGCACAGCGUCCUGAAACGGAGAAAAACUUGCAAUUUAUGAGAAAGAAAACGCCUAUCAUGAAGUCCUCGCUCAAUGGUGUUGAGGCGGUUCGUUAUGAAAUCGAUGAAACAGACGAAGAUGAUGAUGAAUGUUGAAGUUGUCAUGAAGUUUGAAUAUCUAUUGAACCAAAAUUAUUCAUAUUUAGAGUAAAGCUGGUUGAAUAGACAUCUUAAUUCAGCAGGUUUUUUAAUUUUGCACUAUGUAUCAGCACGGCUUAGGGGUAACACGUGCAAGAAAUUAGAUCGUAUGUGCUUUGGCAACAAACUUAUGAAAGUCUGCUUUUCUAGUUUAUUUUAAUUCCUUUUUCUUGUAUAAGUAUAUAAAAGAGAAGAGCUUUUCGUGGCUAGGAAACUUUUUUUUUUGACUCUUACGAAUUUGAUGUGAUUUUUUAGAACAAAAUGCAAUCCUUUUCUGAGUGAUAGAACUUGAAUGAAAUUUUUUCAAUAUGUAUUUAAUUUUGUGGAAGGAGGGAGUUUUUUUUGUUGGCGCACCCUUUCUAGUUCAAUUCUGUUUGUUUCUGUGUUUUACUUUAUACAUUUUUAUAGUCAUUUCUUUUUGCGCGUCGAUUUCACAUGUAGUCAUUUGUUUUUUCUUAUUAUUUUAUCGGUACUUUUUUGUAUCCAUUGUUAUUUCAUUUUUCUUAUGCGUAGUAAGUUUUUGUUGUGAUAUUUUUAUUAUCAGUGCAUUUUCACAAUUUAUAUCCACCCAUAUCCUAGGAGUACUCAUCUAAAUUCAUCAUAGGCAGCAUUAUUAUUUCGUGCACAAAGUUUAGAAGUAAGAAAUUGGAAACCAUCAGUUUUUUAGACUGAAAAACUUACAAUUGCUAGUCUUUUUGAUCACUUAAACAAACAUGUGUAGUUUUUUUUAUUUUUAUCUGUGAUUUUAUGUCUUAUUCUAGUUUCUUUUUUUUAAAAAUGAACUUGCAUACUUUUACUUUGUUUUUUCUUUUUCUUAUUUUAAGUAGACAUAGAAAAUGUAACAAAGACGCCGAAGGUUUUUUGUCAGGAACCAUCCUACAAACUCUUUGUUUAGACUUUUUUUCUUCUCUCUUUCUCUACUCUCUACUCUUAUUCCAUUGUGCAGUGGGAUAAGAGUCAGCUUUAUUUUUUGAGUGUGAUUAAUUUUUAAGUUAACGAAUUAAUCUGAUUCUUGAACAAAAUUUCUGAGGAUUUAUAUUUUUGUAAUAUUAUCUAGUCUAUUUAGAUAAAUCUCUACUGUUAAGGACACUUUUAAAAAAAUUGUUCAUAUUUUUCUUCUCUGGAACUGUUCGCUCUCUUAAGUCAUUGAUUACAAUGGUUGAUUGGCUUCUUUCCUCCUCUUACCUUUCUACAUUUUUGAAGAGCACCCAUGUUAUCAUUUCUGUUUACCACAAAAUCUUAUCACAUUUCAAUUUAAACGUUUAUGUUGUUCAAUUACUUGUCGCUAAGAUAGUCUUUUCUGUGAGCAGAUUGUUUUUUGUGUUUGCCUACAGAAUGGAACAAGUCUAAGGUGAAAUAGAGUGGGAUCGGUUUGUUGCAUUACUUGCUUUUGUUGUCGUGCUUAUCAAGUUGUAUUCCUGUCAGUUACCAAAGAGGCAUCUUGCGAAUAACCCAAGAAAUUAUCAACCAAUCACUUAGCUCUGUUCCACUUUGGUCUCAUCUUAUGUUGUUGUAAACAAGUACAAUUUUAAAAAAAAAAACACCCUGUCAACUGUUGGAUUGUUAAAAAUAAACCUAGUUUCUCAGUUCCCAUAUCAAUAAAACGUACGCAUACUUUCACUCA